CUUGUGUGCCAUACAAGCAACAACUCUAGCCGGAUUUCUCAGCAGAAGGUUUGGUUUGUCAUCAUGGCAUCCUCGGAUACUCUUAUCUGGGUACAUAGACAACCAUGACAGUGGGGAUGUUGUAAUUUCUCUGGGGUGAUUCGGUCCUCUGGCUCUGGCUCUCAGAGAGAGAGGGGGGGCGGAUACUCAGCAUCCCGCAGCCUCCGCCCGCCUCUUUCUGUCCGGGACGCUGGAGAGGCAGAGGCGGACUGAGGCGGACAGCACAUCCAUAGGGGGGUGGGGGGGCUCGCAGAGACGCCUGCGGAAGAAGGGGCGAUGGCCGCCGACGGAGGAUGCGCGGAGUCGGUGGACCAGUACCGGGCCGAGGUGGACAGGCUCACGCAGGAGCUGGCCGAGGCCAACCGGGAGAAGAUCCGCGCUGCAGAGUGCGGGCUGGCCGUCCUGGAGGAGAACCAGGCGCUCAAGCACAAGUAUGCGGAGCUGGAGGGCGAGCAGGAGGCUCUCCGGAAGGAGUUGGAACAGCUGCAGGAGGCAUUCAGCCAAGCCUACACCAACCAGCGUAAAGUGGCAGAGGAUGGGGAGACGAACGAGGAGACGUUGCUGCAGGAGUCAGCCUCAAAGGAGGCCUACUACACGGCCCGUCAGCUGGAGCUGCAGACGGAAGUAACCCUCAGCCGAUCUGUCGCAUCCAACGCCCAGUCGGAGAACGAGAGGCUCAACGCACUUGUGCAACAUCUACGAGAGUGUAACGAGAUGCUGGAGCUGCAGCGGAGCAGGAUGAGGGAGGAGAUCAAGGAGUACAAGUUCAGAGAGACCAGGUUGCUUCAAGACUACACGGAGCUGGAGGAGGAGAACAUCACACUGCAGAAACUGGUGUCUACGCUCAAGCAAAACCAGGUGGAGUAUGAGGGUCUGAAGCAUGAAAUCAAGGUUCUGGAGGAGGAGACCGUCCUUCUCAACAGCCAGCUAGAAGAUGCAUUACGCUUGAAGGACAUUUCCGAGGGCCAGUUAGAAGAAGCUCUAGAUGCCCUCAAGAGUGAGCGGGAGCAAAAGAACAACCUAAGGAAAGAACUAGCCCACCACAUCUGCCUGAGUGACAGUGUCUAUGGAGCGGGGGCUCAUCUGGCGCUCACCGUCACCGGCGUUGAGGGUCUCAAGUUCCCGGAGGAAACCAACGGAGCGAUCGGCACUAACUGUGGCCCCCUCCCUGCUAAUGGAAACAUUGAGGACAGCAACCGUUGCAAUGGUCACCUCCAUGGCAGCACAGGGUUGGCCAAGAUGAACGGUGACUACAGAGCGGGCCGGAAAGGAGAGGGGCUUGUGCCGGACCUGUUCAGCGAGCUGAACCUGUCAGAGAUGCAGAAGCUUAAGCAGCAACUGAUGCAGGUGGAACGUGAGAAAGCAGCUCUGCUCAUGAAUCUGCAGGAGUCACAGACCCAGUUACAGCACACACAGGGUGCCCUGACUGAGCAGAGUGAGCGUAUCCAUCGCCUCACUGAGCGCGUUAACGCCAUGAGCCAUCUUAAUGGAGUCAAAGAACUCGCCGACCCGCAGGAGAGCGAGAAGCCCGAUGGCGGCUCCUUAUCACCGUCGGCCAACAGCUGCCACGAUCCCGAUAGCCAUGGCUUUGAGAGUCUGGUGUGUCAGUACAAGGUGGCGGUGACAGAGGUCAUCGACCUGAAAGCAGAGCUCAAAGCGUUGAAGGAAAAGUACAACCAGGCCGUGGAGGGGCAGGGAGACAGCCACAACGAUGAAGGGAUCCAGGCACUGAACGAACAGAUAUCACAUUUGGACCGGAGCUGCCGCGAGGGCCGGGAAAGGGUGGCGAGCCUCGAGGCAGAACUCCGAGCUGCCAAGAGCACUGCGACAGAGAGUCAGGGUAUGCUGAACGCAGCGCAGGAUGAGCUGGUAACCUUCAGCGAGGAACUGGCACAGCUGUACCACCACGUCUGUCUCUGCAACAACGAGACGCCAAACCGCGUCAUGCUGGACUACUACCGCCAGAGCCGCAUCACACGCAGCGGCAGCCUCAAAGGUUCAGAAGAUCCUCGGGCUUUGCUCACUCCUCGCCUGGCCCGACGCCUCGCUGCCGCAUCUGCGGCCUGCUCCUCGGACUCCCCGCGCAGUCCCAUGGACUCCCCUUCCAAAGACAGCCACCACAGUGAGACAGCGAGCAACUCAACGGACCCUCCGUCCUGCAACAGCAGCCCCAACCGCAGCGCCACCGGCUCCCCGGUCAUCAGCAUCUCCCCUUGCCCGGCUCAGACGCCCUCAGAUGCAGGUGGGGACCUGCGGAAAGAACCCAUGAAUAUUUAUAACCUGAAUGCCAUCAUCAGAGACCAGGUGAAACACCUCCAGAAGGCAGUUGACCGGUCGCUGCAGCUAUCCAGGCAAAGAGCUGCAGCCAGGGAGCUGGCCCCCAUGCUGGACAAGGACAAGGAGUCGUGUUUGGAGGAGAUACUGAAGCUCAAGUCCCUGCUCAGUACGAAGAGGGAGCAGAUAGCCACCCUCAGGCUGGUGCUCAAGGCCAAUAAGCAGACAGCAGAGAACGCCUUGGCUAACCUGAAGAGCAAAUACGAGAAUGAAAAAGCGAUGGUGACAGAGACCAUGAUGAAGCUAAGGAAUGAGCUGAAGGCUCUGAAAGAAGACGCCGCUACCUUCUCUUCUCUCAGGGCCAUGUUUGCCACAAGAUGUGACGAGUAUGUCACGCAGCUGGAUGAGAUGCAGAGGCAGCUUGCGGCAGCGGAGGAUGAGAAGAAGACUCUGAACUCCCUCCUCCGUAUGGCAAUACAGCAGAAGCUGGCCCUGACCCAACGCCUGGAGGAUCUGGAGUUUGACCACGAGCAGACUUAUCGUGGCCGUGGCGCCAAAGUGCCCAGGAUUAAAAGCAGCCCUCCUAAAUUUCUUGUAGAUUGUCAGCAGCCUGCUGCCUCAGUACCGCCACUCUCCCCACAACUAAGGCGAGGGAGAGCCUCCUUAGCGCGCAGUCAUAAAUAUGCGGCAGAACUUAAGGAGCGUCAACCGAUCCUGUACAGGAGCUCCGGCCUUCUCUCUCCCUUCGACCCACGUAAUUGCCUGGUCCACCAACCCCAACCUCCUGGCACCUGACUUGGUGUCGCUCCCCUCCUCCUCCCCCAGCACACACCCUGGCCUCGGUCCGGCAGGAGUCCUGCAGAGACACUCUGGAAUGAGGGUCCCCCCCCCCCCAGUCCCCACAGCGAUCCAACCUGGUGCUUACUGGACUCUGCCGCCAAACCCCCACCCCACCCCACCCCCCCGAGCGCUGCACGGUCCGGCUCUGGCCCGGUUACCUUGGCCGCAGAAGGUUGGAGCAGGAAGCACUCGCCUCCUCUACCCGUGACAUCCCGUCACAGAAACAAGGGAGGACUAAACCAUGGCAGAAAUGCUGCCGACAAUGCACUGGAAUCGUUCCCCCCCAUUCAAAGUGUUAUUUAUUGAUGGUUUAUUUACAUUGUUGGUUAUUUAUUUCUGGCAUUACUUUUUACCUGUGUGUUUUGUUGGGGGAGUUGUGUCAUUCUGCGAGACAGAACAGAAGACUUGUUUUCCUGCUGUGACAAAGAUGUAAGUGGUGACAGAUGUUUUAGCACAUACACUGCAUUGCCAGUUUUAUUCUAUUUUACAGAAACAAAGCGAACGUGAAAACUUUAUUGACAACCUUGUUUUUAAUACUUGCCUAACCAUAAUAUAUCGCAUUGAAAAUAAUAGAUUUUUUUUUAAAGUAUAACCAUCCAUAAAUUAACUAUACAACAUUUUUACGUAGGAAUGUUGGAGAACAAUGUGUUUGGCAUUUCCAACAGACUGAUGAAGGUAUUUGACAUUUGAUUACAAGACUUUUUUUUGUUAUUUUUGUGGUCGUGGGUGGAUUACAACAACCAUUCUUUCAUUAGUCUUUCUUGGGAGGCAUUCUUUUUGUUACCGUUUUUUUAUGAUUUAUUUGCAAUUCUUUGGCGUUAAGUAUGUUUUAUACUGCUUUUUGUUUACAUUAUUUAUGUUACUACUGACUCUGAGAUGUGUUUGCAUUUGUUAUAUAGCUCAGGUCUCUUCUGAGGCCGGGAUGAAUGAGAGACCAGAACUAGCUAAUGGUCUCUUUUUUUUAUUUUGCCUUUUGAAUUGCACAGGUUUAAGUGACCACGGAGUGAACUGACCUCUUUUUGUCUUACCCGUUAUUAAAGAAAAGGCGUGCCUCUUGUAAGGUAAAUGUGGCUGUUACGAUAACAUUGUAUUCAAUGCAUAAUGUAUAUUCAGUCUUUCUGUCUUCCUCUCUGCCACUAUACCAUGCAAGAUCCCAGAGCACGUUCAUCACCAUGAUUAGUUUCCAUGUCACGGGCAGAAAUAUCAUUCAAGCAGACAUUUUUAGUAUUCUGAGCUACACUUUUCUUUUGUCACAUCAUCUCUUCGUUUAGCUUCCUCCACACAGAAUGCGGUACUGUACAAGCACAAUUAUGCACUAUGCAUUCGAGCAAUACAGUCGCACUGGUCAUAGACUGUCUGUAUGAGAUUUAGACGGAUCUUUCACCGUAUCUGUCAUCACGAGCUAACCAGCAGACUAUCAAGACAGAUUAAAAAAAAAAAAAAAGCAGAAAUGACCCAAAGUUUUGAGAUACUGUCCAAUUCCUGUCACAAAAUUGGGAUAUUGUUUCUCCUUGAAACGCUCAUAUGAACUUAAUCUGUGACAUUUCCUACAUAAGCGGAGUCCCAUCUUUCAGUACCUUUCAUGUAAACUCCUUAUAUAUCUAAUGCUUAAAACUCCCGCCACUGCUCUCGUACUUUUUUGCCAGAUGGAUAUGCAACCUUACACUACAUAGCCACUAUUACUGUUGAAAUGACUUCCUACUACUGUCACUCCCUGCUUCAUAUGUGUCCGUACACGUGUUGCAUCUGCCUUUGUCAACAGUGUUCUUGGUUACUUUUGCAACUACAGAGUGAUGAAACAUUUGUGGUCCAAUAGAAGCCUCUGAAUCCAUGCUGGCUCAUCGGUGACCUAACACUCUUGGUUUGUUUGCACAACAUGCCUGUGGAUGGCGGGACUAACUCAAUGACUGAGAAGGUUUUUAAAGAAUGCUAUCUGUAUACUGUACUACAGUAGGUGUUUUUCAGCCAUUCGAAAUGGUGUUAAAUUACUUUCACAAGCAAAUAAAAGAC